AUGAAGCGAGUUCUGUCAUCUCUGGAGUUCCUCCUCGUCACUGUGUCUUCUCUUCUUCUCACCUGUUGUAUCGCACUGAUUGCAGUUUCAUGGAUCAGCCUGAAAUCUGAGGGUGCCGUUGAGCCAGACGUGCUGAGUGGUCGGAUAUCGAUCAAAGGGGGAGCUGUUUUUUCUGAAGAGCUGAAAAACUCCAGCAGUCUGCAGUUUAAGUCUUUGGCCUACGACGUCCAACACCUGGUGUCAGAGGCCUUCAGUCACAGUGAGCUAAGACUGGACUUCAAGUCGUGUCAGGUUUUAUUCUUCAGUCGGGGCAGUGUGCUGGUGAACUUUGACCUUUGGUUCAAUCAGCUGAUUGAUGUGAAGGAAGCUGAGCAGCAGCUGUGGGCUGGGAUUCAGGAGGUCGGGUCUGGAGUAUUGGUGAUCGACAGAAACAGCAUCCAGAUCACAGAGAAACAAGACGAGACAACAGCUGCUCCGACAAGCGUCACACCUACAACAACAGCUGCUCCAACAAGCGUCUAUCCUACAACAACAACUGCUCCAACAAGCGUCACACCUACAACAGUGACAUGUCCUCCUCAUCAGACAUCAUGUGCCGAUCGAUCAAUGUGUGUUCUGAUCAAUCAGCUCUGUGACGGACUGGAUGACUGUCCUGAUGCCUCUGAUGAAGAUGCAGCUCUCUGUGUGACGGUGUGUGAUGGUCAGUUCUCUCUGAAUGAUCUCAGCGGUUCCUUCAGUUCAUCAGUCGUCUCAGAAACCUACAACAGCAGCAUCUUCUGUCGCUGGAUCAUCAGAGUACAUCGAGGACUUUCUGUUCAGAUCAACUUCCAUCAGUUUGAAACCGAAGAAAAUAUCGACAUUGUGAAACUUUAUGAAAACCUCGGAGCACACAAACGUCUGACAGCUGAGCUCUCUGGCUCAACCCCUCCUGGUACCAUAUGGCUGCUGACCGACCAAUCAACUGUGGAGUUUAUCUCCGAUGACGUCAACAAUCUGUCGGGGUUCAAAGCCACCUACAGCGCCGCCAACCUCUCCCUCCUCUCCAACCAGGAGAAGCUGACAUGUACCUUUGAGCAAGGCAUGUGUUUCUGGAGGCAGCAGCAGGACGACGAUGAUGGAGACUGGAUUCGAACCAGCGGUGCCACGUUCCCUCCACUAACCGGCCCGAGUUUCGACCACACGUUGGGUAACAGCUCGGGUUUCUACAUCGUCACUCCUCUGAGUCCUGGCCAAUGGCUGAAGAGCUUCAGGAUCCACAGCCUCCCUAUCUCUCCACCUACUAGUCCCAUGUGUCUGAGCUUCUGGUACCACAUGUUUGGUGAGGACGUCCACCGUUUCAGGGUCUUGCUGUUUGAACCUGCUGUUACCGUGGCGUUCCAAAGAGACAGUAACUAUGGCAACAGCUGGAACUACGGCCAGGUGACCCUCAACCUAACAACAGAGACCACGGUGGUGUUUGAAGCGCUAAAGGAAAGAGGGAUGAGGAACGACAUCGCUCUGGAUGACAUCACACUGACGUCUGAACCCUGUGGCCCCGCCCCCCCAGAACCAACCAAUGUACCCCCUCCAACAACUCCCCCCCCUAUACCAGCCGACUGUGGAGGACCCUUUGACCUCUGGGAGCCAAACUCCACCUUCAGCUCGCCCAAUUACCCACAAUCCUAUGGGAACAAGGCUCAGUGUGUGUGGACUCUGCACACCGGUGAGGGUCGAAACAUCCACCUCCACUUCCUUGACUUUGAUGUUGAAGCGACCUAUGACGUCGUAGAGGUGCGGGAUGGGGCGGGGCCAAACUCAACCUUAUUGGCUGUCCUGACCGGUAGCGCUGGCCCCGCCCAUGAGUUGUUCUCCACAACCAAUCAGAUGACACUUUGGUUCUUUACGGACAGCUCCGGUCACGGCCGAGGAUUCAAAGCCAACUUCACCUCGGGGGUCAACCUGGGGUCACCAGCUGCGUGUGCAGUGGGUCAGUUCCAGUGUCAGACAGGAAGCUGUAUCCAUGGUAACGGUCAGUGUGACGGCGAGGUCGACUGUCCCGACUCCUCCGAUGAAGCUGACUGUGUUGUAUUGCAGGUGAACAGUUCAAGUCGUCUUCACUUUCAACUUGUUUCCUCGCUGCUCAUGUGUCACCUGUCUGACACCUGGGAUACAGGUAACUCUCACCUGUCUGUCUUCACCUGUCAGUACCUGGGAUACAGGUCGGGGCGGACAGAACUGUUGCCAGCUCUGCCACAAGAUUCACCGUUUACAACCAUCACGGUCACCAGCAACGGCACACUGAAAACCAGUAUCAGUGAAACCUGCAUCAGUGAGGAAGUGAUCUCUCUGAACUGUGACAACAAACCUUGUGGCGUUCGACAGGUCGCUAAUGAGACGAAGGAAACGGACCAAUCAGCAGAGAGGACACCUGGUGAAGGUGAGGUCAGAGUGGUGGGCGGGGUUGACGCGGUGAAGGGGGCGUGGCCAUGGAUAGUAUCUCUGCAGUGGAGGGGCCGUCAUGUGUGUGGAGCCUCACUGAUUGGCCGAGAUUGGCUGCUGACCGCUGCACAUUGUGUUUACGGGAAGAACGUCCACUUGCAGUCGUGGUCGGCGGUUUUCGGGCUUCUAUCUCAAAGUGACAGAAACUCUUUGGACGUUCAGACCCGACGAGUGGAUCGCAUCAUCAUCAACAGACGAUACAACAGACAGACCAAACAGGCCGACAUCGCCAUGAUGCACGUGGAACAGCCAAUCAACUUCACCCAGUUCAUCCAGCCCCUGUGUUUACCUGCUGAAGGUCAGGACUUCACAGCAGGAAGAAGAUGUUUCAUCGCUGGAUGGGGACGAGACGCUGAGCAAGGUUCUCUCCCUGAUGUUCUCCAGGAGGCAGAGGUUCCUCUGCUGGUUCAGGAUCAGUGUCAGCUUCAGUUACCUGAGUACACCAUCACCUCCAGCAUGCUGUGUGCCGGAUACCCUGAGGGGGGGGUCGACUCCUGUCAGGGCGACUCUGGAGGUCCAUUGAUAUGUCUGGACAAUGAACACUGGACUCUCAUUGGUGUGACAUCGUUUGGGAUUGGCUGUGGUCGUCCUCAGAGACCUGGAGUCUACGCCAGAGUCUCAGCCUUCACCUCCUGGAUCGCCCAGACCAGACGCUCCUCCUCCUCUUCCUCAUCUUCAUCAUCUUCAUCCUCCUCCUGCUGCUGAUCCUCCUCAUCUUCUUCCUCCUCCUCCUCAUCUUCUUCCUCUUCCUCCUCCUCUUCCUGCUCCUCCUCCUGCUAUUCCUCUUCCUCUUCAUCUUCUUCUUCAUCCUCUUCCUCCUCCUCUUCCUGCUCCUCCUCCUGCUAUUCCUCUUCCUCUUCAUCCUCUUCUUCUUCCUCCUCCUCCUCUUCCUCCUCUUCUUCUUCCUCUUCCUCCUCUUCCUCCUCCUCUUCUUCCUCCUUCUUGUUUUUCAGUGUAAAGCUCUUAUUUUAUUUGAAUCAUUAUUUUAUAAUUAAACUGUAAACAACGUUUUUAAACAGGAAUCUUAUUUGAUGAGAGAAUAUUUAAAAAUAAUUCAUUUUUGUGACUUUGUUGAAUUAUAAAUAAAGUUAUUGUAGGCCUGGUUUUCUACUGCAUACUUUAAAAUACUACUUUGAAAAUCUUUUAU